GACUUGUCCCAUUCUCUGGGUAGCCCCCCCCCCCGAUUUCUCUGCCAACGAAUAGGGUGGGGGAUUUUAACAGGCCAGUUGAGCAGGACUCUAAGUUAAAACGGAAGGGGAGAAGGGCUGACACUACAAGUCGAACCUCUCAUCAGUCUUUUGCUUGUUAUUUUUGUGUGUGUGAUUUCCGCACAGAAAUCCGCAGCUCGUCCCGACACCUAAGCCUCACUUUUGCUGAACACGAAAAUACAGUAAAAGCAAACAAACGAGACAGCCUUGGGCAGUGCAAAUUACUGUCUGAAGACCUCUGAUUUCAAACUAUGCGUCACGAGAAUAAAAUGGCUUUCGUCCCCGUUUGGGUGAGGCUGUUUUCCUAAAAGCAGCGAUUACCCCCGGGCACUGUUUCUUUAAGAGGCGGCGCGGAAGAAACCUGCCCAAAAAGACCGGAUAUCCGAGCAAAGCCGGUUUUCCCAGCGAGACGAAGGAGCUGUUUACGGAGGAAAGUUAGGAAUCGCUGCCUGGCGUUUUGGGAGGCUUUUGUGGCGCGAUGGAGCUGCUGAUCCCCUUCCUCCAGAGGUGCGUCCAGCUCCUCGCCCUUCCCAUCUAUGUGCUGACCUUCCUUGGCUGGUGGGACUCUAUCUGUAAAAAGAUCUUCCCCUUUUGGAUGAAGAGGAUGGCCAAAUCCUACAACGAGAAACUCCACCGGGAGAAGCAGCAGCUCUUCAGCCACUUGGCGGACUUUGCGGGUUCGUCCGGCCAGGUCUCCCUCUUAGAAAUCGGCGCGGGGACCGGAGCCAACUUCUCGUUUUACCCGCCGGGCUGCCGGGUGACUUGCACGGACCCCAACCCCAACUUCCAGCAGUAUCUGCUGAGCAGCAUCGCCGAGAAUCGGCACCUCCAGUUCGAAGGCUUCGUGGUGGCUGCCGCCGAGGACCUGCGGCCGGUGCCGGACUCCUCCGUGGACGUGGUGGUGGGCACGCUGGUCCUCUGCUCCGUGGCCGACGUGGCCGCCGUCCUGAAGGAAGUCCUCCGGGUGCUCAGGCCGGGUGGCGCAUUCUAUUUCAUGGAGCAUGUGGCUGCUCACCGAUCCAGCUGGACCUACUUCUGGCAGCAGGUCUGCACUCCCACUUGGAAAUCUGUGGCUGAUGGGUGUUCCCUGGAAAGAGAGACUUGGAAGGAGCUGGAGAAGGCAAACUUCUCUGAACUGAAUCUCCGGCACAUAAAAGCUCCACUGAACUGGAGCCUAGUCGAGCCUCAUAUCCUUGGGCAUGCUGUGAAAUGAUUUUGGAAAACAUCCUAUUCCAUGCCUAGACCACUACCUCAUCAAGUGCUUGGGGAAAUCAAGGCAUCGAGUUAAGGGGAAAGGGAAUUAAUGGAAAUAGUGAAAUGGAGAGGGCAUGGGAAAGACGCAAUAAUAUGGGGGGGAGUACCCUCCUGACAUUUGGUGGGGUUCAGUACAGAGGUGCCUUGUGAAGUCUGCCAUGGCUACUCACAAAAGAGCAAAGUAGUAGCACCUUGCAGAAAGGGCUGCAAUAAAGCAAAGGUUUUAAAAGGAACGUCAAAUAAAGGUUAUUUAUCUUCAUUUGAUUUGGAGUCAAGAUGGCAAUAAAAAAAAAGAUGAAUCAAGGAGGACCCCCAAAUAGGGAUGUGUCUAGAGCACAUGCACAGCCUCAGCUGAAUCCCGAUGGUAAGGGGAAGUAGAGCUGUGAGGGUUCAUGAUUGCGCCCCCCCCAUCCCCACUGCUUCCCCCAAAGAGACCCAUGUGGAGUCAUGUUCUUGCUUUAAACUGUUAAUAUAAACGAUCACCCAGUGGGGUCUUUCAUAACAGCUUCAGUAGACAGCUUGACUCCCCUCUCCAAAAGAGAGAGGAAAGGAUUCCAUGAAACAUCUCCCCAUUUUCCUCCAUCCAGGCUACCAUCCCUUCUUUCCACCCUUGCGGGGGUUCUGGUUGCAGUGGCACUUGCAGCAGUGGGUCAGGCUCUUUUUCCUGCCACUCCCCUUCUCGUGUUUCCCAGCCUUGGGGUUUUCUCCUGUGGGGGAGGGGGAGAGUUCCAUUGAGUCUCUUGUGGGUUUCUCCCUCUGCUUUGUUGGGCUCAUUGUUGCCCUGGCCUCCUCCUCUCUUCCCUUUCCCUUCAUAUGAGAGUUUCACUAGGGGGUGCGGG